AUGGCCCACCUUGCUGCACGCGCCAAUGUUUCCCCGGACUCGGGAUUUCCAGUCACCCUCCACCCACACUUCAACCUCAAGAUCAAAGAUCAUGUCCCUCCAGAGCCACCACACAAAGAGCGAACCCCAGCGCCCGACAGAGGUCUCUUUGCCAACCCCGACAAGCCAUCGUUGCUCUCGAUCCCCGGUAUCAAAGUGGUUCCAUUGACCGAAUCGAUUGGAACCGUCCUGGAGAAUGUCCAGCUCUCCGCCUUGACACCACAACAGCUCGAUGAGCUUGCUCUGCUGGUCAACGAACGCGGUGUGGUCUUCUUCCGCUCUCAAGAUCUGACCACUGAAGGUCAGGUCAAACUCUUUGAACACUAUGGAGAGCUCGACCGUCACCCGUCUCAGAAAGACACGCGCCAUCAUGUCAUCAGAGGCAGCACCAUAGAUCACAGGGAGAUAUUGGCCUACACCCCUUGGCCAAGCGGCGAUUUCCAUGCCGACACCUCUUUCGAGAUCAACCCGCCAUCUUACUCGAUGCUCAGAAUGGAAGAGCACCCGCCUGUUGGUGGUGACACGGCGUGGGUAUCGUCUUAUGGUCUGUACGAUACUCUGUCGGAUGCCAUGAAGUAUGCUCAUUUCACUGGCCUCCGGGCACUGAACGUCAACCCCGGCUUUGUCACGGGCUUCGCCGAGUUGAAGAAAUAUGAAGGCGAUAAGAUUUUGGACUUCUUGAACUAUCACAUCCAUUCUGCGGAUGACCAUUAUGUACGAUUCAAGUGGGAGGUGGGGAGUGUUGCGUUGUGGGACAACCGAGCCGUGGUUCAUCGCGUAAUUCCCGGAUCGUACGAGACCCCUAGGAGAGGCAUUAGAACGACUGUUUUUGGAGAAAAGCGUAUGUACUACUGGUGCAUUGUGUCGGAGUGUUGA